GUGAUGUGGAUUACAUUGAGACCUGGCCAGCUAUGGAAGAGGCAGUGGAAGCAGGUCUUGUCAGGUCCAUUGGAGUUUCCAAUUUUAGCAAGGAUCAAAUUGAACGUAUUCUUCAGAUUGCUAAAAUAGUGCCUGCCAACAAUCAGGUUGAGUGCCACCCCUACUUAAAUCAAAAGAAGCUUAUUGAUUACGCAAAAGUAAAAGGGAUUUCUGUCACUGCCUACAGCCCACUAGGAUCUCCAGACAGACCUUGGGCCAAGCCUGAUGAUCCCUUGCUUAUGGAUGAUCUCAGGAUAGUUAGAAUUGCUGAAAAGUGCAAGAAGACACCUGCUCAAAUUCUCAUUCGCUAUCAGAUUCAACGUGAAGUUAUUGUUAUUCCCAAGUCAGUCACAAAAUCACGCAUUGAGGAAAAUAUCCAGGUGUUUGACUUUGCUCUCUCAGAUGAUGAUAUGAAGACUAUUGAUGACUUUGACUGCAAUGGGCGUUUCCUUCAUCUUACUUGGGUACAGGACCAUCCACACUGGCCAUUCAACACUGAAUUUUGAGGAAAUACAUUGUUAAGAGAAAAAUAAGUAUUAUAUUGGAAGGAGAUAUUUUGUUUUUACUGAUUGUAAAUGAAAGCUUGGGGUUAUUAUUGUUUUUUGUCAACAUUCUGUCCUCUCAGAAUUGCAUUUAUAGGACAGUGUUAAGAGGAAAGAUUUAUUAACUGACUGUGAAUGAAAGCUUAUGGUUAUUAUCC